CGGCGCCGGCCGCUCGCUGACCCGCCGCCUCGCUCGGGCUCCGGCCGCGUCUCGCUCGCCGUCUUCUCGUGAGGGGCCUCGCGCCGCUCGGCGCUCGCCGCCCCCCUGCCUCGCGGCGCGGGGUCUCGCGGGCCCCGCUCCCGCCCUCCGCUCGCCUGGCCCGGACCGGAAGCGGCGCCGCACGGCCUGGGCCUGGCGCGGGGGGCGGGCACCGGGGCCCGGUCGGACAUGGGCAAGAAGCACAAGAAGCACAAGUCGGACAAACACCUCUACGAGGAGUACGUGGAGAAGCCCCUGAAGCUGGUCCUCAAAGUGGGAGGGAACGAAGUCACCGAGCUCUCCACCGGCAGCUCGGGGCACGACUCGAGCCUCUUCGAAGACAAGAACGAUCAUGACAAACACAAGGACCGAAAGCGGAAAAAGAGAAAGAAAGGCGAGAAGCAGGUUCCCGGGGAAGAGAAGGGGAGAAAGCGCCGGCGCGUGAAGGAGGACAGGAAGAAGCGAGACCGGGACCGUGGGGAGAGCGAGGCCGAAAAGGACCUCCAGGGCCAGGCCCCCGCCAGGCUGGACCUGCCCCCCGAGAAGCCCCUCUCGAGCUCCCUGGCCAAGCAAGAAGAAGUAGAACAGACGCCCCUUCAAGAAGCUUUGAAUCAACUGAUGAGACAGUUGCAGAGAAAAGACCCAAGUGCUUUCUUUUCAUUUCCCGUGACUGAUUUUAUCGCCCCCGGCUACUCCAUGAUCAUUAAACACCCCAUGGACUUCAGCACCAUGAGAGAGAAGAUCAAGAACAACGACUACCAGUCCAUAGAGGAGCUGAAGGACCACUUCAAACUCAUGUGCACUAAUGCUAUGAUCUACAACAAGCCGGAGACCAUUUACUACAAAGCCGCGAAGAAGCUGUUGCACUCGGGAAUGAAAAUUCUUAGCCAGGAGAGAAUCCAGAGCCUGAAGCAGAGCAUAGAAUUCAUGGCAGACCUGCAGAAGAGCCGAAAGCAGCAGGACAGAGCAGACGCCUCGCAGAGCGGGGAGGACAGCGGCUGCUGGCCCGCGGACAGGGAGGACGCGGGGGGCGAGGCGGAGCCCCAGGCCUUCAGGAGCCCCGGCAAGGAGAACAAAAAGAAGGACAGGGACGUGGCUGAAGACAGGGCGAGGGGCCAGAACCUGGAGAGGGAGCAGGAGCAGAUCGACCGCAUCGUGAGGGAGUCCGGAGGGAAGCUGACCCGGCGGCUGGCGCACAGUCAGUGCGAGUUUGAAAGAAGAAAACCAGACGGGACGACGACGCUGGGCCUCCUGCACCCGGCGGACCCCGUGGUAGGAGAGCCCGGCUACUGCCCCGUGCGGCUGGGCAUGACCACGGGCCGGCUGCAGUCCGGGGUGAACACCCUGCAGGGGUUCAAGGAGGACAAGAGGAACAGGGUGACCCCAGUGCUGUACCUGAACUACGGGCCCUACAGUUCCUACGCACCUCACUACGACUCCACGUUUGCCAACAUCAGCAAGGACGACUCCGACCUAAUCUACUCGACCUACGGGGACGACGACUCAGACGUCUCCAGCGACUUCAGUGUCCACGAGUUUCUGGCCACAUGCCAGGAUUACCCAUACGUCAUGGCAGACAGCUUACUGGAUGUUUUAACUAAAGGAGGCCAUUCCAGAGCCCUGCAGGAGCUGGAGACGGCAUCGCCCGAAGAGGACGGCCAGACGAGGACCCCUGACACAGCGAAGGAAGCAGAGCAGGUCGCGGAGGUGGAGCCGGUGGGGCGGCUGGACGCCGGCAGCCAGGACAGGCUCGCGGCGCUGGAAGCGGUAGCCAGCUUUGGCGCUCCAGCUGAAGUUUUCGACUCUGAAGAAGCCGAGGUAUUCCAGAGGAAGCUGGACGAGACCACCAGGCUGCUCCGGGAGCUCCAGGAAGCCCAGAACGAGCGCCUGAGUACCAGGCCGCCCCCCAACACCAUCUGCCUCCUGGGCCCCUCCUACAGGGAGCUGCAUCUCGCUGAGCAGGUGACCAACAACCUUAAAGAGCUUGCACAGCAAGUGACGCCAGGUGACGUCGUCAGCACGUACGGGGUUCGGAAGGCCAUGGGCAUCUCCGUCCCCUGCCCCGUCGAGGGGGGCAGCCUGGUGGACCUGACGGAAGAUCUCGAAGGAGCGAAAAAGCCUGCUGUUGCUGAGGGUGGACCCGCGUGGAGUGGAAGCUAACUGGUAUUUGAUUAUAUAUUAUGUACAUACUUUUUCAUCCUUACCUUGGAAGUGCUUUUCACGAGAUACUGAAUAUUUGUAAAUUGUGUUUUUAAUUAAACUUUGGAACAAUUAACU